GAAGAACAUCCCAACGCAACAAAAUAAUGUUUUUUUUCUUUCUUCUCUCUUUCUUUAGGACUAAGAUAUAACAUGGAAUCUCAGCAGCCCAAAAAAGACUGUGUACCCAGCAACAAUCAGGAUGGGAAAAUACAGGGGAAUGCAGUGGCUGAAUUCCCAAUUGUUAACCAGAGAGCUUCGUUAUACCCAAUUCCAAAUGGGCAGACUGAGCAUCAAAGCACAGAUACCAAGCCAAACAUACUGUUUGUCAUUAAAGACCAUCAGAAAAAAGGUGCGGGAGCCAAUCCUGCCAGGACUCAUAAGCGGAAGAGGAGAUUUGUCAUCAAGAAGAGCCCCAUCCUGAUUGCCAUCAAUGGCUCUUUUCCCAACCUGUCCAUUCUAAAAUUGGAGGACAAAAGUGACGUCAAAUGGAAAAGCCUCUAUGAGACCCAAAGGGAGAGAAAGCGGAUCAUGAGAGAGACAUGCGCCAAAUACAAGAGCAACAGCAAACGCAUAAUCACACCGUAUCACGUUUCCAGGAUAUUCGUCGAAGAUAAAUACCGAAUUCUCUAUUGCGAAGUCCCCAAAGCUGGUUGCUCCAACUGGAAAAGGGUACUCAUGGUUCUUAAUGGGCUGGCCUCCUCCACCAGAGUUAUUCAACACAACACAGUGCAUUAUGGGAAUUACUUAAAAAGGCUGGAUGGGUUUGACCGCAAAGGGAUCAACUACAGGCUCAACACUUAUACGAAGAUGCUCUUUGUCCGUGAGCCUUUUGAAAAGCUGGUUUCCGCAUUUCGAGACAAGUUUGAGCACCCCAACAACUAUUACCACCCCGUUUUUGGCAGACCCAUUAUUUCAAGAUAUCGAGUCAAUGCCACCAAAGAAGCAUUGAGGACAGGUUCUGGGGUGAAAUUUAAAGAGUUUAUUCAGUACCUUCUAGACGUGCACCGGCCUGUGGGGAUGGACAUCCACUGGGAUCACGUCAACAGACUUUGCAGCCCAUGUUUGAUAGACUAUGAUUUUAUAGGCAAAUUUGAAACCAUGGAAGAAGACGCCAAUUUCUUCCUGCAUUUAAUUAAUGCUCCACAGAAUUUGACUUUCCCUAGGUUUAAAGACAGACAUUCUGAUGAAGAGCGGACAACUACUCAAAUUAUGCAGCAAUAUUUCACACAGCUUUCCCCUGCUCAAAGGCAACGCAGCUAUGAUUUCUAUUAUAUGGAUUAUCUGAUGUUUAACUACUCCAAGCCUUUUGAAGACCUCUACUAAAAGA